CAAUCAUUUACGUUUUUAUUGAUUGAUCGUUUUGCUCGCAACAUUUGGUCAUAUUUUUUUUUGGUUAAAAUUUUUUUUUCUGAUUCAAUUUUCGAUUUUGAUAAUCAUGACUACUGCGGCUCGACCAACAUUUGACCCUGCUAAAGGUGGAACAGGACGAGGAGAAAAAAGUCUUAGUGCUUUAUCGAAACAAUAUUCAUCAAGAGAUUUACCAUCUCAUCUUAAAUUGAAAUACAGACAACAUGGACAAAAUUCAUCUGAUGAUGUUAAAACAAAGGAUUUUCGUAAAGAACUUGAAGAACGUGAACGUUUAGCACAAUUAGAAAAGGAUGGAAAACGUGGACACAUUCCUAAUAAACAAUCAUCUGCUAGCCAUCAUUCCAUAACACAAUCGAAUAAAAAACCUCGUAUCGAACAUCAACGAACAACGAAUAAUUUAUCACAAUUAGAUGCAGAUGAAAAAUUAGAUGAUGAUGAUGAUGACGAUGAUGAUAUUCAUGAAGAUUCUGAUUCAGAUGAAGAUUCUGAAGAUGAUACUCAAGCAUUAUUAGCCGAAUUAAAUCGUAUUAAACGAGAACGUGCAGCUGAAGAAGCUAAACGUGAAGAAGAACAAAGAAACUAUGAAAAUAAAAUACGUAUGGAGAAUAUAUUGUCGGGAAAUCCAUUAUUAAGUGCGGGUAAAUCAACAAAUUUUAAAGUAAAACGACGUUGGGAUGAUGAUGUAGUAUUUAAAAAUUGUGCUAAAGAUGAUUUAAAAGAAAAAGAUAAAUCAUUCAUCAACGAUACUUUGCGAUCAGAUUUUCAUAAAAAAUUUAUGGAAAAAUAUAUUAAAUAA